AUCGGUCAGUCUUAACAGAGUCCUUACGCAGCAGACUCAUUGGCACUGACCUGACGACUAUAUCUAGUACUGGGAGACAUUGCGAAUAUUCUCAGCCACGGUUUCUAAUUGUUGUUAUUUAUCUAUUAGCUCGGUUUAGCCUCGUUGGGGCUACAUAAAGAGGCAUCCUGGAAGCACCCGGAGAACCGCGGAUAUCUACGCGGCAAGGAUGCUUCGUGACCCACGGCAGGUGUGAAGAGAUGGCAGGCGAGCCGCCGGCGACCACCGGCCGAGUGGUGCUGGUCAAAAAGAUCGUCAUGAAGGACGGAGCACCGUGCUGUUCCAGUUCAAAUACGCAUCUGACCGAGUUCAGUCCAUAUGCCCAGAUGUGUUCUUGCCCUGCUCCGUUUUAUCGAGGACGCAUCAGGAGGUAACUUGGGAUCUUGGGACAGUCGAGUAUCCCAGAAUGCAUUUCGCGGGUGUCGUCAAGUACGCAGCUGUUCCAAUUCCAGAAUGACCGUCCUGUGUCCUCCAGAGUCGGUACUUCAGAACUGAACUUGUCAAGUCCAAACCACCAACUCCAGCAGGGUAUCGGCAGGCCCAGCGUGUAUCAUGCAGUGGUGGUGAUCUUCCUGGAGUUCUUCGCCUGGGGUCUGCUCACCACGCCAAUGCUUACUGUUUUACAUGAAACGUUUCCCCAGCACACGUUCCUGAUGAAUGGACUCAUUCAGGGUGUGAAGGGUCUGCUGUCAUUCAUGUCUGCUCCUCUGAUUGGUGCUUUAUCGGAUGUAUGGGGCAGGCGGUCCUUCCUGCUGGUCACCGUCUUCUUCACCUGUGCUCCAAUCCCUCUGAUGAGGCUCAGCCCCUGGUGGUACUUUGCCAUGAUCUCCAUGUCUGGGGCCUUCUCUGUUACUUUCUCAGUCAUCUUUGCCUACGUUGCUGAUGUGACAGACGAAAGAGAGAGGAGUACUGCUUACGGUCUGGUGUCGGCAACCUUUGCAGCCAGCCUGGUGACGAGUCCAGCCAUCGGAGCGUACUUGUCGGCCUGGUACGGGGACAAUCUGGUAGUUCUGCUGGCCACACUGAUCGCGCUGGCCGACAUCUGCUUCAUCCUGCUGGCUGUGCCUGAGUCACUGCCAGACAAGAUGAGGCUCAACACCUGGGGAGCGCCGAUAUCCUGGGAGCAGGCUGAUCCAUUCGCUUCUCUGAGAAAGGUGGGUCAGGACCCCACAGUCUUGCUGAUCUGUAUCACUGUGUUCCUGUCUUACCUGCCAGAAGCUGGGCAGUAUUCCAGCUUCUUCCUCUAUCUGAGACAGGUCAUAAACUUCUCCUCCACAACUAUCGCUGUUUUCAUUGGAGUUGUGGGCAUUCUGUCUAUUGUAGCACAGACUCUCUUGCUCACUCUGCUGAUGAGGACUCUGGGCAAUAAAAACACUGUUCUGUUGGGUUUGGGCUUCCAGAUCCUUCAGCUGGCCUGGUACGGCUUUGGAUCAGAGCCAUGGAUGAUGUGGGCGGCUGGUGCUGUUGCAGCAAUGUCCUCCAUCACCUUCCCAGCAGUCUCUGCUCUGGUGUCACAGUCUGCUGACUCUGAUAAACAAGGUGUGGUCCAGGGGAUGAUCACAGGGAUCAGAGGUCUGUGUAAUGGUCUGGGUCCAGCUCUGUACGGAUUCAUCUUCUUCCUCUUUAACGUGGAGCUGAACACCAUGGACCCCAUUCAGGGAGACUUCAACAUCGACCCCCUGCCUCUGCAGAGUCCCACUGAGCGAGCUCUCAUCCCGGGGCCGCCCUUCCUCCUGGGGGCCUGUACAGUGGUCAUCGCCUUCCUCGUUGCUCUCUUCAUCCCCGAGAAACCCUCAUGCUCUUCCUCUUCCUCCCAGCUUUCCCUCAAUGACAAGCCCCACCCAGACAGCAAAGAGUCCAUGUCCUCAUUGGCUGGCGUCCAUAUCAAUACGCCCCUUCCAGGCAGCGAUGAGGAGAGCCCUCCAGCCGCCAGUGACGAGGACUUUGAGCCGCUGCUGCACGACAGUAUCGUUUGAUGGACCUACCUUCGUGGAUUGAUUGAUUUGACAUUUUGUAACGCAUUUUCUUUGCCACGUGGCAGGACUAAGUGUACUUUUAUUGUUAAUAGAUUGACAGGAAGAAGCUCCAGCAUUGGCUCUUUACAGGAAGGUGGGACAAAUAUAUGACAUCUUGUGGUCAACAAGGAUGUUUCUUUAAUGACAGGGCCGAAGCAAAGAGCCGUAAAUAUGAUGUCAUCACGUGAUUGGACACAAUAGUCAAAGACGAUUAUGUGAUAGACAGAAUGUUGGCGGGAGCAAGGAGGACGCCCCGGUUGUAAUGUAAGCCAUCGUUUAAUUGACCAGAAGAUGCACCAGCUGCGUUUUAGCUGGGGAUGAUUUGGCUGCUCUGGGAUCCACCCACGUAAAACCACGUCGAUGGAAGGAAAAUAAGUAUGUUUGAGGUUUUCAUGGGAGGGUUUUUGUUCAUCUCUAAGCUUGAAGUUGUUGAUUGUUUUGUGAUAAAUGAAAAAAGUGUUUUUACCUGUAGCUGUAUCAUUCUUAAGCCGUAUUUUAAUGCUGUGUUUUAUUUGGUUACUCUACAAAACGAACAUGUCUGCAACAUACUUAUUGCAGCCAAAACAUCAGUGUUGAUUUAUACUCUCUUUUGUUGUUGUUGAUAACGAUUUUUUUUUAAAGUGUACAGUAGUAGAGAGUUGAGUCAGCCACCUGAAAGCCAACGUGACAGAAUGUCAGUUUUAAGUUCACAGUAAGUUUCAUUUUCAUUUUUUAUUUCCUUUAAUCUAAAACAGAACAAAAAUGAGAAAGUGAUUUCGGAUGUGCAUUGGUAACUGGUUCAAAUACCAUCUCUUGUAGAUAACUUACAAAAUUAUAAGAAACAAAGCAAUCCUGAAUGAUACCAAAAUUCAACAAAAUAAUGAAACCUCAGCAGAACUUCCCUGGUUAGCUUUUACUUUGAAUUCCACCACUUAGUAUCCCCGUUUGUCACUCUACCUCAGACCAGUGUGUUUUUAAAUCACAUAUAACCAGAAAUUACUUACUCACCUGUGUUUUAUUUUUAUAUCAAAGUCACUUUAUGAAAGUGCUGCUGGCUGCUGGAAGAGGGAAAUCCUCACAGCGGCAACUUUGGUGUUUAGCUCGCUAGCGCCAACAGUGUGCUCAGUCAUCACUGUUCUGGGGGCUAGGACCCUGUUUUUGUCUUCACUAGCAAAAAAGAGGAGUUUUUUUCCCUGACAACAGUGAUAUUCAUGUGAAUGACCUUCUACUUAAAGCACGAGACAUAGAAUUUAUGAGAGUUUAAGAGAGUUUAUAGCUGGCACAGAGUAUACAUAGUUACUGACUUUAUGACCUUACAAUGUAAAUGUACAUGUGAAUGAUAUCCUGGUUUGUACAUAAUGUAAGCAGAGUGAUUGGCUUGCUUGUUUUUGCUCAUUGUCGAGGGUUUCCUUCAGUUUUUGUGUAGUUCAAUGGCACAAGCACCACAGCACACACACACGGUGUAGCUGUUGUGGCGGGGUGUCUCAGGUCAGUGUGACCUCGUACAUCAGAAUAAUAAGAAAGUAUUCCCACUUAGCGUAGGACCACAUCUGAUCAGCAGGAAACAUCUGUCCUAACGAUUCUAUUGACAGAACAAAGUUCAGCAACCGAAUGUGUUCCCAGAAUACAUGCAUCAAAAGAACACACACAAACAUAUCAGUCAUCGCAUACAUCUAUGGCUCAGCACAAAACACGUAACACACACACCAAGGCCAUUUAAACUACACCCUAUAUGUUUGUCCGGAGUCGUUCCAUGAUGUUGUCUAGUAGGCUACACUUCAUCUCUGUGACGGGCUAAGGUGACAAGUCUGGCUUUAGUCUGGUUUCCUGGCUUCUGUGUGAUCAUCAGUUAGUUGUGUAAAUUAGUUUCAGCAGGGUCAGUCUCAUAGACUACAUAGUUGGUAACCAUGAAGGGACUGGUGAGUCGUCUGCCUUUCCAGAAUAUAAAGGUCGGACGAUUGACUUCAGAUUUCGUGCUGCACCAAAGGGCUCCUUGAAAUUGUGUAAAUUCUAUAAACAACCAGUGAAGCAGCCUGAGAACUCUGGCCAGAGAGUCCCAGAUGGAGCACAUGCUCCCAGGGUCGACUUGAGACUUGAGGAAGUGUGUUGUUGUCUAUAUCAAGUAUUUACCUGUGUGACAAGAAGAUCAUGCUCAUAAAGCAUCGGACUGAACUGCAGUGGAAAAAGACGAAUGAAGCUUUCCCCCCGUGAAGCUCAUUGCUAAGGACUGCAGAAGGACUUGUGUUAUUUACACCUGAGUUGCUUCACAUGUGCACUAGUUUCCUGAUAUGAAGCCUUAUUCUGAUUGUAAGAAAAUAGUGUGCAUGUAAACAAACACCUGUUUGAUCAUAUUUGGGACAUGAUGUUUAGAUGAAAGAGAAACAAUGUGGUUACUCUGAGCCUUACAUCUAUAUUUUUAAAUUAAGUUUAAUAGUGCUGGAUUAAACUCUUAUUUGCAUCUUGUAAAAACAGAUAUUUAUAUACUUUAAAGACUAAUUCAGUUUGAGUUAUAGUCCAUUUUUCUGUAGCAGCUAUUCUCACAGCAAAGAUCAGGAUAAUGGUGGGUGAGUGUUAAAUUCGCAACGGCACCUGCUCACUUAGUCCAUUGGCAGUAAAGACUGACUCAACAGUGUAAAUAUUGUACAUUGAUUGGAUGUCUGUAAAUGUGAAGAAAUGAGAUGUACAUGGGGUUCACUGUAAAAACAUCUUGUCUGUUUUCUUGUUCGGAAGUGUACAAGCCAGCAGUUGAUUAUUAGAAAUUAAAACAGUACAACACUUUA